GCUCGAUGCGGCCAGACUUUCAUCGAAAACAAAUCAAAGUCCGACUCGGACCGCGUUCUCUCCAUCCUCUCGAGCGAGGAUAUUAUCGCAAAUGGCCUGGGCGAUCGAAUAAAAAACUGCCUACGAAUCCUCGCUGAGCUUACUCUCUGCCCAAGAUGGCACCGCGGAUCACAAAUCAACACUGUCUAUCUCAAGUGGUUUCGGACGAUCAACAGCUUCAUCACUGAGGAACGGUCGAGAAGCAGCAUCCGUGCCGGUGGUAAAUGAAGAACGUCCUCGACAACCAAGAGACGAUCCUCAAGCACGGCAGCUGCCUCUGCCUGCUCGGAGAGCGAAUCUCGAUGCAUACCAGCGCCUAAUGGACGAAAUGGCGGGGAUUGAUGGGGAAAGGGCCCAAAUACAAGCACUUCAAGAAUACAUAGAUCAAAUGCUAGCUUAUUUACCUGCUCGCCAAGAACGAAUUGUCCCUCAACAUCCAGUACCUCAAAACGCUCCCGUUGAGGAAGAUAACAAUCACCUACCUCCACGAGAACGCCAUCUUCGACUUGAGGUCGCUGCAGAGGGCGCAGUCAACGCAGUGGCAGCUCAAGCGCAACCACCAGCUCCUGUACGACCUCCACCGCCUGUCCUGGAGGUAGCUGUCCCUGUCCGCCGACAUGCCCACCGCCCUGCUCGGGCGGCUGCCAUCAGAAAGUCGUUGACUGAGGAAUGCUAUAUUUGCUACGAGGCCUUCGACGGUCCCGAUAGUGCUGUUUGGUGCCGACGGAAAUGUGGCCAGAACAUACAUAAAGAAUGUUUCGAGCAGUGGAGUGGGAAUAAGGAGAGACGAGACGUCAAGUGCGGAUUCUGGUAGGCUGUAUUUUGGAUCUUGUUCCGCUUGAGGGUACUAACGAUUGACGUUUUAGUCGUGCAAAGUGGGUCUGGGAAUAAGUUUGGACAUGCAACUUCUGAC